CUGAAGGAGAGCAAAGGAAACAAGCUGAAGGACUUCGUGCAGGUGUCCGGCGUGCUCGGCGUCUCGCACUUCCUCAUGCUGUCCGCGACGGAGGCGAGCAAGUACGUCAAGGUGUGCAAGACCCCGCGCGGGCCGACGCUGUCGUUCCGCGUGCAUCAGUACACGCUCGCGCGCGAGGUGCUCGCGUCGCAGCGCAACCCGAGGGCGCCGAAGAACGCGUUCCUCUCCCCGCCGCUCGUGGUGUUGAACAACUUCGGCGACGCCCCGCAUCAGAAGCUCGCGACGAUCACGUUCCAGAACCUCUUCCCCGCGAUCAACGUGCGCAAGGUGAAGCUCUCAACGUGCCAGCGCGCGGUGCUCAUCGACUACGACAAGACCACCGGGAGGACUUUUCCCUUCCGGCACUACGGCGUCUCCGCCGCGCCGACGGGGACGAACAAGGCGAUCCGCAAGCUGCUCACGACGCGUCGAGUUCCGAACAUGGGCGACCUCGCGGACGUCAGCGAGCUCCUCACGAGCAAAGGUUACGGCAGCGACCACAGCGACAGCGAGGGCGAAGACGCGGUGAACGCGCGCGUGGACUUGACGCAAGAUUACAACCGUGUCGCGCGCGAAGGAACGCGGUCGCGGAUCAUCCUGCAGGAGAUUGGCCCGCGGAUGGAGCUCGAGCUCGUGAAGGUGGAGGAGGGGAUGUGCGAGGGGCGGGUGUUGUAUCACGCGUAC